AUGUCUUACAACAAUAACCAGUACGGCGGCGGCGCCAGCAACAGCUACUACAACACCGACAACAACUCCUACGGGGGAUCUGGUGGUGGUGGUGGUUACGGCAACUCUUCUAACGAGGGCCGUUUCAAUGAAGGGUACGGAAAUCAGAAUCAACAGGAUAACUACGGUCGUCAGGAGUCCCAUGGCUAUGGAAAGAAUAACUCUGGGUAUGGUUCCAACGAGGGCCACAAUAACUCUGGCUACGGAAACAAUUCUGGCUAUGGCUCGAACUCUGGUCACGGCAACUCGAACUCUGGCUAUGGUAAUUCCAAUGAGGGAUACAACAACAACAACCAAGGCUACAACAACAACAACAACAACAACCAAGGCUACAACAACAACAACAACCAGGGCUACAACAACAACAACAACAACAACAACAACAACAACAACCAGGGCUACAACAACUCCUCCAACCACCACUCCAACAACGACGACUUCAGCAGCGCCGCCACCCACGCCCAAGAGCACGAUAGCAACGAAGACAAAUCCCUCUUCAGCAGCGCCUUGGAAUUCCUCAAGAACCGCAAGUCCGAUGACGACGUCGACGAGAAACAAGCUGCCAAUGCGCACCAGGCUAUGUACGGCUCUGGCAGUAACUCGAACCAGACGCACGAUUCUAGCACUGUUGGUGCCGGUGCUGCGAUGCAGGCUCUGAAGAUGUUUACCGGUGGUGGAAGUGGCAGUGGAAGUGAGGGAGGUAUGGAUAAGAAUAAGCUGAUUGGACUUGCCAUGGCUCAGGCUGGGAAGUUGUGGGAUGAGAAGAAUGGAUCCGGGGGUAAUGUGUCUGGUGAUAAGCAGUCUGCGAUUAACUCUGCGGCAGAGGUUGCGCUGAAGAUGUAUAUGAAGAGUCAGGUUAGUGGUGGUGGUAGUAGCGGUGGUGCUAGUGGACUUAUGAGUCUUGCGAGCAAGUUCUUGUAA